AUGGACAGGUGUGUGUGUGUCUGUCCCCUCGAUGUCCCUGACACCCUGCUGUCCCCACAGGGCUGGCUGGCCGCGCUGGCCCUGCUGGCAGCCCUGGGGCAGUGCCGGGGGCUGCGGCGCUCCGGGCACUCCGCCGUGCGCUGCUACAGCGGGGCCGAGCUGGGUGACGAGGGCCCGGCGCAGCUGCUGGGCCGCCGCCUGCGCUGGGCCCGGCACGUCUCGGUGCAGCUGGUGCCGCGGCUGGAGCGGCGGGAGCGGCCCGAGCCCCGCGGGGCCCGGCGGCGCCGGCAGCCGCCGCCCGCCUGCCCCGCGCUGCCGCUGCGCGCCGCGCUCCGCAGCGAGCCCCACGAGCGCUCCAUCUCGCCGUGGCGAUACCGCAUCGACGAGGACGAGAACCGCUACCCGCGCAAGCUGGCCUUCGCCGAGUGCCUGUGCAGCGGCUGCGUGGACGUGAAAACCGGCCGGGAGACCACGUCGCUCAACUCGGUGACCAUCCAGCAGAGCAUGCUGGUGCUGCGGCGCAAGCCGUGCCCGCGGCCCGCGGGGCCGGGGCUGGUGGCGCUGGAGGUGGAUUCCAUCCGAGUGCCCGUGGGCUGCACCUGCGUCCUGCCCCGCACGGCGCGCUGAGCCCGCCCCGGGCACCGUGCCACCCCGCCCGUGCUUGUUUUAGAGCACCCCACCCCGCCAGGGCGGCCCCUGCCGGGUUAUUUAUGAGUUAUUUAUAAGCCUUGCUGGCGGGGGGCUUUUUGGACCUUCUAUUUAUUGCUGACCACCCCCCAGCCACGGCUGUGACUGCAGGGCCAGCGUGGCCCCACGGCCAGACCCUGUGAGUGCUGCACUCACUGGUUAUUUAUUCAUUUAUUCCCCCCAAAAGGUAUUUAUUGUCUCCUUCCUAGUGCUAUUUAAUGC